UCCCGGACCUCUCGUUAUGAUCGCCAUCUGAUAUGGUAUAUGGACCUGAAAUGACCCAAGAGUAACCGUGAUGAACACAAGACGGAAUGAUUCCAGAUUCUGACCAUCUUACACCCAUUGGCACUUCUUUUCUUUCCGAAUUGGAGCCUGGGAUAAACCACACACUCGGACUGUCAUGUUGUACAAGUCUGAUGGCGGCCGGUUCAGGCCGCGGUAUCUCAUGUCUCAAACCCGAAACACAUCUUCAGUGACAGAUUCGACAAAGAAAUCCGAUGUCUCGCCUAUUUCACCAUCUUCCAGGUCGCAGGCGACAGCAAGACAGACUCAGGCAGAUCAUUCAUCGAAAACGAAAAGGUCAUCGCUUCUUUCCAAUGCCGAAGAAGCCCGUCCAAACGUAGCAUCCAGGCAAAGCAGGAGCGAUGUCCGGCUAUCACUGCUACCACGGCCAGCUGCCCAAAAUCAGACCUCUAAUGGCUCCCAGACUGCAAACCGGACUACGCAGUUAACCGUCAAGUUCGAGAAGCAGACGCCAGAUGAAGAUCAGCCGCGAAACAUGCUCCGCAGAAAGGCCCCGACAAUCGGGCAACCUAAGAAACCAAACGGCCAAGGGCCAGAGAAGCUACGCGUCGUUAUCCCGAAUAGCUCUCGCCCGGGUCAAUUCAUGAAUGCGACUCCGCGUCUAUCGGCUCAGGGAGAUAUGGCCAAGAACAGUCCUUCCUCGUCCAUUCAGCAGAGUCAUACCGUGAACAAAGAUGCUGAGCCAGCGAUUCAAGGCCCCAAAGAGCUGGCAAGUCUCAGGACAACGAUUGACACACAGAAUUUGCUUCCGCCUACGUUUGCAUUGCAUUCCGCGAGUAGUCUUUCCACAAAGUGCUCCGAGUCGCCGGGGAUAUGGAGUAGGGGCUCAACCCCAACUACUACGAUAUCCUCUUGUUCUCCGGGGGUCUUCUACUCCCCUAAGAUCGGCCAUUCGAGACAUUUUAGUCCUUCCGAGACCAGACUUCCCGUAUACUCACCGUUGACACAGAUCUCCAGUCCGCUGAGCGAGUCGGACCGAAAAUCGAUUAGAUCUCCCAGUUUGGACAAAGCAACGGCUUCGCUGGCUUCGCUUGUCAAUUCGGAACAGGAGGAACCGCCAAGAAGCACGGAUUCUCCAAGGUCGCAUUUAUCUCCCAAAAGUGCUCUGCCUCGAAGAACAUCGGUUUAUUCCAGUUUGCCGACACGAAUGAAGGCGAAUACCCCUCCUUCCGCACACAAGGACCAACAAGAAUCCGAGAAAAACGUUGCGGAAACUUUGGGAUCACCAACGGUACCGAACAAACUGAAGAAUUCUGGGUCUGCGCCCUCCCGACCAACCAGAGACGGAACCGAUCAAUUAGAGUUGGAGCCAUCGCCUGUGAUCCGAAGCGAUUUGCCUCCAAAAAUAGUAUCUAACCAUAAGCGGCGGGAAUCUGUGGAAAAGAACUCUACUUCAAAAUCCUCAACACAUUCUGCUACAGCCUCAACCGAUUCGCUUAAUACAAGAAGACAAUCCCGAAUCCCAUCGCAGUCGACAUCGCAGGCGAUGUCGCAGAAGCCUCCACGAACAUCAUCGAAGGAACGAUCGGAGAAACAAGAUACGAAGAGCCCGACUACUCCAUCAUCCGCAACUACUAGGCGAUUCGGUCUUUUCCCCAAGAAACCGAAACCGGAGAGCGACGCACAAGCCUCGGCGCAAUACCGUCUACCUCGAAAAGGCCCGGCCGCGCGAACAGGCCACGAAGGGUAUGGGAGAUAUGCCCAACGGGAUCGGAGAAUGAGCACUAGUAGCAACAGCAGUGCUACCAGAACGAGAUCCACAAGCACCACUGAAAACACCCCCAAGCCUACCUCAAGUCGCAAGGAGAGCCUCAAGAACAGACCGGACCUGGAGAUUGACGACUUUCUGCGGAAUCGCUUGGAACCGGUUGUUAUCAGUGGUGGUGGUGGUGGUGGUGGUAUGGAUGGAAGACCGUCAUUGUUGCGGACACAGAGUGAACAGAGUGCUAUGAGUGGUUGCAGUACGAUAUCUCCGUCGAAUACCGCGCAAAACGUGCAGGGUGCAUAUUCAACUGCGUGCUCGACUGAUUCUCUGGCUACUUUGUCAGCAACUGCGGGCGAUCCGAGCAUGAAACCGAGGACAAAUUCCGAAGGUGGAGGCCAAUCUGGUGCCCCAAUUUCCAGACUAGGAGGCGCAUUCCAUCGUGCUGUAGCAUCGCAACCGUCUUUCUCUCGAACUUCCAGCCAAGCUCGUUCAGAAAAACCACCGAACGCUCCACAGGAGAAGGGCAGAAAGAAGAGUUUCAGAAGUUUCUUCCAAAGGAGCCAUUCCAAACCGCGCAAAAACUCGACUACUACUGAAGCACCUCCAUCUUCCGCAGCUCAACUCCCCGCACAGGUCACUCCGGUAUCAAUCAACCGACCUGUUGCGCAUUAUGCUCUCCUCGAUACCGACCCGGACUCUCUGGAAGAUGUCAUGCACGACAUCGAGGACUCUCCACCAACAGACUACGAUUAUUCAGAACCCAGUCCACCGGUAGAAGUCCCGGAUGCUCUGAAAAUACGGAAAUCGACGUUGUUACCCUCGCCUCCGAGAUUGCAGACUGAACUUAAUGCUGGUUGGCAGUCUCCGCCGAAGGUGUAUAUGAACAAAGGUCCUGCGCCGUGCAAACCUGGACCUAAGGAGAAACCAGUGGCCAGGCGCCCAAGUCGACUGGCAUCUAUUGGACGCAUUCCGCAGGUGAUUUCGAGAAAAGACAGACAGCAUAUACCAGCGGCGCAGUCGUUCUCGAGACCUUUCAGUAUGGCUGAGGCGCCUUCUCUGGCAGCGCCUGUGUUGAGCAAUGGCUUCCAGGUGCCAACAUGCUCCGAGGAGAUGGGAAGACGGCCUAGCGAACCAACUAGACUGGGUUUCGACCUUACCCAACCGUUUGGCGGCCCUACGUACGGGGACGUUCUGGAUCUUAUUUCUGGGCCCUACUCCAAUAACGAGUUCCUUCGGUUUUCUCCUGACAAAAACUCGCCGCCGUCGUCGUUUGAAUCUACUCCCGCAGUCACUGCUCCGGCUCCCCAACCUGGCAGUGAUCUGACCGACGACGAAGUCUGGAAGGAAUACGACGACCUUAUCGACGAUGUUCUGUCGCCGAUCAGCCCGAAAACGACUCUGCCCGAUUUUGCCACCUCCGAUGCCGAGGAGAAGCUUGGACUUGCGGCUUUGGCUAACCAGACGCUGCAGAAUGAGCUGGAUGCUCCUCGUCUUUCGACUCUUUUUGAGCAACCGUCGAUUACUUUAAACCGAGCGUCUCAAUCCAGUGAUGGUGGCUCCGUGCGGCUGCGCCGUUCUAGGAUUGCUGCUGCAUUGCGUUCUUCGUAUACUCCCUCGUCUCAGCCGUCAUACAGUGAUUUGAAUGCUGCACAAGAGGGAGCAGCAGAAAGCGAAAAGGACCGUCCGUCAUCGCCUUUCUUCAAGCCCGUGGAAGAGCAGCAGAGCUUUCCCCUCUCCCCGCUAAAUCCCUCUCAGAGCUUCGAAGCAUGUCGACAACGUAACACCAUCCUAUUCGACAUCGCAGAACGUGAUCGUGAAGGCCCAACCGCGCAAACCAACAUCCGCUCCGGUUCCCUCAUGACAAGCCGCUGGCUAUCCUUUGGACGAGUCCUGUUCAGCCCGGCUCACAACCACGUCAAGUCCGGUGAACAAGAGCGCAUCCUUGUGAUUGAUGGAUUAGGCAACGAUGACUGGUCGUUCUACUGCGCGCUGACAUAUGCUAAUGCCGAUGUGUACAAUCUCCACGUUGGUCCGACUCCGGCCGCGUCCUCGCAUCCAGCUGCCUGGCAACCGCCUACGAACCACCAUACCGUUUACCAUGCGGAUCUUGCAGACCGGUUCCCGUUUCCGAUGGGCCACUUCGCAGCGACUGUUCUGCGGCUUCCGGCGGCUUGCUCGGAGAGUGUUCAAGAUAAUGUCGUUUCGGAAUGCAAACGUGUGCUGCGGGCCGGUGGCUAUAUGGAAAUGAGCAUAAUGGACCUCGACAUGGUGAACAUGGGCAUUCGCACCAGAAAGGCCGUCCGCGGUCUCAAAGAGCGCACAUACGUCGCCGAUCCUAGCAUCAGCCUCAAGCCAACUAGUGACAGCAUCCAACGCCUACUCGGCCGCCACGCCUUCGACAACCUCCACCGAUGCAUGGUGCGCAUCCCGGUAGCGGGAGUCAUCACCCGCUCCUCCGCCUCGUCAUCCUCUACCUCUUCCUCCUCCCUACACCCAUCGAUGUCCAUCCCCGCCGCCACCCGCUCAGCCCCCUCCUUCGGACAGAGUCCUAAUAACCCUUACACCACCAAACACAACAAACACGGCAAAUCCCAUUCCAACGACACCGACCUCUCCCUAGGCGACCUCCUAUCCGACCCCGUCCCCUCCCCAUCAAAUGACGAAUCCAUUCGCAAAAUCGUCGCCAAGGUCGGUCGCUGGUGGUACACACGGUGCUACGAGAUCCCUGUCCUCCCGGAUGGAGAUGUUGAUCUGCGGAUUUGGAAUGAUAGGAAGGUGUUGAGGGAGUGUCAGAAGAAGGGGACGGGAUUUCGGUUGUUGAUUGCGCAUGCGCAGAAGCCGAGUGAGGUUAACCGCAGGACAGCUAGCGUUUAGCUUGGUUUCUUUUUGGAUCUUGGUUUUUAUUUGGCAUUUCCUGUUUCUGGGCUUCUUCUUUUGGUUGUUUUUCUCAUGAGAAAGGGUUAUGAUUAUGAUGAUGAGAUAUGGUUGGUUUUUUGAGAUUUUUUUUUUCAUUCUGUGA